ACCGACGACUCCCCAACUACUUCCUGGGAGGAGCCGACUGUUAUUUACUCGUUGCUUUCAAUAUCGUUUACUUGUAAAUGAAAUCUUAACGCGGUGAUAUUUGCAGUAAAAAAGGUGUGGCCGACAAGACAAAACAAGAAAACACACCUGUCACGUCUAAUGAGCCAGUGUGCCUUUGCAGCUCCAGCAUGUCGGUGGUGCUGCAGGGCAACUCAGGCUGGGUGCUGGACUCACUGUCCCUCAUUGACCGAGGCUAUGAGCGAUGCAUCCGAUGGACAGGGCUUCACAAAUCACACGUGAAGUGUAGUUUUAACAGACAGUGUUUUCAGAUAUUAAAGAGCCAUUUUAAGCAGGAGGUUAGAACCGGUGUGGGUGGAGAAAGCAGUGAUGUUAUGCAGAAAACAGACAAACAACCAAAGAAACGUAAGCGAAAACAUACUGAGCUCAACCAAGGGGAAAUUGAUGCAAAGGCUUUUCACGAAAAGAUCAGGAGCGUUAUCCUGGAAGGAACACAGUCCUUGGUGGAUUCUGCACGGUCAGUUGGAUACUUUGGUGGAGAGACAGACACUUCCAAAGAUCCUCUUCCUUCCCAGGACUGCAGUCUUGCAGCGCUAUGUGAGAUGGCCAAAGAGCUUCCUCUAGUGAACGAUGAUCAACAGCAGUGGACACAGUCUCUUUUCACAGAGGAAGGCUCCGUUUCACAUGUUGAUCUCUUCUCUCAAGUGACUGAGAACAGGGAGGCCUGGGCAGCAGUGGUAUCACUGAUGGGAGACGACUAUAUAAUACCUCCUAAUACUGCUUUCCUCCUCUCUGAUUUCACAAGAAUACAACCACUUUUGCAAUCUGGGAGGAGGUUUGACCUCAUUGUUAUUGAUCCUCCGUGGGAAAACAAGUCUGUGAAAAGAAGUCGCAGAUACAGCUCUUUGCCUUCAUCCCAGCUGAAACGCCUUCCCGUCCCCCUUCUGGGGUCUCCAGGUUGUUUGGUGGUCACCUGGGUGACAAACAGACCAAGUCACCUCCGUUUUGUCCGUGAAGAGCUUUAUCCACACUGGGAUGUAGAAGUUGUGGCCGAAUGGUUCUGGGUCAAGGUCACCACAUCAGGGGAGUUUGUGUUUCCUCUUGAUUCGCCGCACAAGAAGCCAUAUGAAGUGCUGGUGCUGGGUCGAUAUUGUCCAACCACUGGUGACACAAGCCAUUUACAAACACCAAAUGUUCCAGUUGAAGAUAAGCGUCUGAUUGUCAGCGUUCCUUCAGCCCUGCACUCCCAGAAACCAUCACUGUCAGAAGUGUUAAAGUUAUAUAUUGGAGCUGAAGCUAACUGUCUGGAGCUGUUUGCCCGGAGUCUUCAGCCAGGAUGGACCAGUUGUGGAAACGAGGUGCUGAAAUUUCAGCACAUAAGCUACUUCAAUUUGGAAGCUGCAGAUACCUCUAAAGAAGAGGUGACAGACAACCCUGCAGGCACAAAUGGCUCAAGUUAGCCUGAGAAAAGCAAAUGUCCUGCUGCAUCCAGCCUUUCUUACUGUAAAGUCAAUAACUGAUAUUAAACACCUACCAGUUGUUGUUUGUUUUACUAUGUUUUUAAUAAAGAUUUUGCAAGUAAAUGCUUCUCCAAAAUUGCUUUUUCAUCUAGAAUAUGUAUGCAUGUAGAAGUUUUAAUGUUUUGCGGAUUGCACUUGAUACAUCUUAAGGUAGUGAUAAUGUUAUUUGGGAGAUGAAAAAACAUUUCUGUACAGCUUUUUUGAACCUAACUACUUCCCACACACAUCUCAGACUCCCAACUUUCUAGGUUUUUUGGCCUUUUGAGUACUCAUUGGCAGUGUGUGUGUGUCUUAAGAAAUAUCAACACAUUCUAUUUGUACUCUUUCUAUGCAGUUUUAAGGCUGAAUUUCUAAAUGUGGGUCUGUAACUCUUUGUUACACCUACAGUAUAUUAAUCUCAGUGCUCCCCACCGCCAUUUAGAACUCAAGCCUCUUGGAUGAGAGAUGAAACUUCAGGUCCAGUUGCCUAAACGGAACUUUUCAAGCCCUACAUCCUUUUAUCAUCCAUCUAACUUAUUCUGGUGAAGAUUUUCAGUCAUCCAGGUC